AUGGAGACACAAGCCAACAGGCCUCACCGGCCAUCCAAAGAGAAGAAACAGCCCAAGAAAGGGGAGAAGAACGUCAAGGCCUUCGCCGUCGCAAGACCCGGGCGACUUGCAAAGCAGGCGGUGCGGUCCAGCGACAUCAAGGAAAAGCGCCUCCAUGUGCCCCAAGUCGACCGAAUCCCAGAAGAAGCACCGCCCAUCGUCGUUGCCGUCGUUGGCCCUCCCGGCGUCGGAAAGACGACUCUCAUCAAAAGUCUGAUUCGACGAUACGCAAAGCAAACGCUGUCGCACCCAACAGGGCCUCUUACUGUGGUGACCUCCAAGAGAAGGCGCCUCACCUUCCUCGAAUGUCCCUCCGACUCCCUCGCCGCCAUGAUCGACGUUGCAAAGAUCGCCGAUAUUGUCCUCCUCAUGAUCGACGGCAACUAUGGGUUCGAGAUGGAGACGAUGGAGUUUCUCAACGCCUUGAGCGUCUCCGGCAUGCCCGGGAAUGUCUUUGGCAUUCUCACACACUUGGACUUGUUCAAAAAGCAGAGCACGCUCCGUGCGGCCAAGAAAAGGUUAAAACACAGGUUCUGGUCGGAGCUGUACCACGGGGCAAAACUGUUCUAUCUGUCCGGCGUGAUCAAUGGAAGAUAUCCCGACCGCGAAGUUCACAAUCUGUCGAGAUUUCUCUCGGUCAUGAAGAAUCCCAGACCCCUGAUCUGGAGGAACAGCCAUCCCUAUUGCCUCGCAGACCGUUUUCUGGACGUGACGCCGCCCACCGAGAUUGAGGAGAACGAGAAAUGUGAUAGGCAGGUGGCACUGUACGGUUAUCUUCGAGGCACAAACUUUCCAGCCGAGGGCGCGCGGGUGCACGUCCCGGGCGUGGGAGACUUGACAGUCAAAGAAAUCGAAGCGUUGCCUGACCCCUGUCCAACACCCUUCCUAGACCAGGCGAUCGCCAAAGCGACAGGAAAAUCUCACCGGCGGAAGCUGGGCGAAAAACAAAAAGUUCUUUUUGCACCAAUGUCUGAUGUCGGUGGCGUGCUGGUUGACAAAGAUGCCGUCUACAUAGAGGUCAAGACGAAUACGUUUGACCGGGACGCGGAAGAUGCAGAGGAGAGAGGACUGGGCGAACAACUCAUGAUGAGCCUACAAUCAGAGCGGAAAUUACUUGGACAGGCGGACCUCGGUGUCCGACUUUUUCAGGGUAGCCGGCAACUCACGUCGGAUGAUACUACAGAGAACGAUACUGGCCGGAAGACGAAAAGGGGAAUUCGUGCCUUUGGUGACAAAGGCGACCUUGUUGAAGACAUCGAGGAAGAUGAAGACGAAGGAUUUGUCAGUGGGGAGGACGACAGCGAAGCAGAGGAUGAGGAGAUCAAUGACUUCCCCGAGCAUAUGGGAAGACCUGGAUUUAUCGCAAAAGAUGAAUCCGCGGAGCACGAGGACGAAGACAACAUCGCAUUCGCUGAUAGCGACUCCGACAUGGGCUCGGUAUCGGGUGAUGAUGACGGCAGCAGGGACAUAUCAGCGGACGAGCUUGAAGGUGUUGAAGACGAGGAAGAUGUCGAGGACGAAGACGACGAUGGUGGUCUGCGCUGGAAAGAGAAUCUCGCUGAAAGUGCUCGGAAGCUGCAUUCCAAAGCAGUCGCUUUCCGAGCUGCCGACCUUUCCAAAUUGAUGUAUGAUCUCACAUUAUCCCCCUCACAAGUCAUUUCGAAAUGGGCAGGACAAAAGGUAGAACAGGACAUGGUCGCUGGCGAGGAUGAAGAUGAAGACGACACCUUCUUCAAGAAAGCAAAGACUGAUCAAGAGACCACCCUCGAGGACCGGCAGACGCCCAAGUACGAUUAUGACGCGUUGGCUGAGAAGUGGGAAGAUGAGGAGCAUGUUCAGUCGUUGAAGUCCCGCUUCACCAAGGGCUCAAUUGCUACUGGAGGCAAUGCAGAUUCAGAGGCCGAAGGCGACGAUGACGAGGACAAUGAAGAUUAUGAGUCCGAUGAAGGAGAUGGCGACUUCGAAGAUUUGGAAGCUGCGGCGGACGAGGAUCCCGAAGCUGCAGCUGAGCUCACACUUGAGGAAGAACGGUCACAAAACGCCAAACGCAAAGAAGAGCUGAAGUUACGCUUCGAGGAAGAAGACCGAGAAGGCUUCGCGAAUGCUGCAAAGACGGAUAUCGAAGCGACGGAGCAAGACUUCGGUGAAGACGAAUGGUACGACGCGCAGAAAGCGAUGCUCCAGAAGCAGAUCGACAUCAAUCGGGCAGAGUUUGAUAGUCUCGAUCCCGUCUCACGAGCAAGAGCCGAAGGAUUCAAGGCCGGGACGUAUGCACGGAUAGUGUUGGACAAAGUGCCCUACGAAUUUGUGCGGUCAUUCAAUCCGAAGCUCCCUGUCAUUAUCGGCGGGUUGGCGCCCACCGAGGAUCGAUUUGGAUUUGUGCAGGUUCGCAUCAAGCGACACCGGUGGCACAAGAAGAUUCUCAAGACGAACGAUCCACUCAUCUUCUCCCUCGGCUGGCGGCGGUUUCAAACAUUGCCUCUCUACUCAAUAUCGGACUCGCGGACUCGCAAUCGGAUGCUGAAAUAUACGCCCGAGCAUAUGCACUGCUUUGGCACCUUCUACGGGCCACUUGUUGCCCCGAACACUGGAUUUUGCUGUGUCCAAUCUUUCUCAAAUGCCAACCCAGGGUUCAGGAUAGCGGCGACCGGGGUGGUGCUGAAUGUCGACGAAACCACCGAGAUUGUCAAGAAGCUAAAAUUGACUGGGCAUCCGUACAAGAUCUUCCGCAACACGGCCUUCAUUCGCGAUAUGUUCAACUCGUCUCUCGAAAUUGCAAAGUUCGAGGGAGCAAGCAUCCGCACUGUUUCUGGGAUUCGAGGACAGAUCAAGCGAGCGCUCAGCAAGCCUGAAGGGCACUUUCGAGCGACAUUCGAGGACAAGAUUCUCAUGUCUGAUAUUGUUUUCUUGCGAGCGUGGUAUCCCGUCAAGCCACAUCGGUUUUACAACCCAGUCACCAAUCUUCUGGAUGCGCCUCCCACUGGCGCUGCAGAUGCUGGGGAGGAAGGACAAGGCUUUGACGAUGGUUCCAGCGGGUGGCAGGCGAUGCGUUUGACCGGCGCUGUGCGAGCGGCGAUGGGUAUACCGACUCCAUUGGUGAAAGAUUCAGCGUACCACAAGAUUGAUCGGCCAGUCCGACAUUUCAACCCAUUGCGUGUGCCACGGACUCUGGCCGCAGAUCUUCCAUUUAAAUCACAAAUCACGCAACAGAAGGCACGCAAAGCACCAACGUAUCUCCAGAAACGAGCAGUCGUCCUGGGUGGAGAAGAGAAAAAGGCACGCGAUCUCAUGCAAAAGUUGCAGACGUUGCGGAAUGAGAAAGCAGAGAAGCGGGCGAAGAAGCAGGAAGAGAGACGGGCGGUCUAUCGCAAGAAGGUGGCCGAGAAUCUGGAGAAGAAGGAAGAGCGAGAGAAGAAGGAGCGGGACGAGUUCUGGCGACGGGAAGGCCGAAAGCGAAAGACGAACGAGGGUAAUGGAGGAGGAGGGAAGCGCCCAAGACGAUGA